AUGACCCCUAUGAGACUAUCAAUGCCCCCUGGGAGCAUUUGGUCCGAUGCCCCCUAUGAGACAUGCAUGAUCACUACCGUAUUCCGUGAGCAAAUCUACCAAAUGCCUCAAUGUGCGUACACCCUUCGAAAAGGAGCCCCCGACGGACCAAUCGUCCGUUUUGCGACGCUUGGAGAAAGUGUAUACCAUCGAUGGGAAUGCAUUGAAGUAGAAGGAGCAGACAAGGAUACAUUCGGAAUGUUAGUACAUUCUUGCUACGUGGAUAAUGGAUAUGGAGAUCGAGUGGACAUACUGGAUUCAAACGGAUGUGGACUCGACGCUGUUCUCCUUUCAACUCCCGACUACGAUACAUCCCUUCGAUUGGCAACGAAGCCAUAUCAUGUGUUCAAGUACGCAGAUCGACCAGUUCUUCAAUUCCAGUGCCAGAUAACUCUCUGUCUGAAAUAUGACGGAGGGUGUGAAGGAAUAACACCUCCACAGAAUUGUAAAAAGUUGCCAGGAGAGGAUGAAGCUCAUCACCAUCACCAUCACGAUCAUCCGGAAAGGAGGCGGAAAUUGGUGAGGAGAUUGGCGGAUGGAGUCGGAACUAUUGAUGUUUUCACGGAUUCUGUUACCGUAUUGGAACAAGAACCAUCAUGUCAACAGCCAGUUCAAUACCCAUUCAUCAACACAAAUCUGUGGAUAAUGGCAAUCAUCACACUUACAAAUAUGCUCGUCUUCAUUGUGACAGUUUGGUUUACAUUCCGAAAACGACGAUAUAACCGAGAUGAUGGACAAAUGCGACGAUAUCGAACGGCGUUCUCCAGAGAACAAAUCGGAAGGCUCGAGAGGGAAUUCGCUAAAGAAAACUAUGUUAGCAGAAAGACUCGAGGAGAGUUGGCAGCUGAAUUGAAUCUACCUGAAGGCACAAUUAAGGUAUGGUUCCAAAAUCGUCGGAUGAAAGACAAACGUCAACGUAUCGGUGGCAUCGGAUGGCCAUUUCCUCCUCAAAUGGCCGCUUAUAUGUUAAACCCAUUUGCCUAUGAAAUGUGGGUCAAAUCAGCCACCGCAUCUCAAUUUGGAGCCUCUGGAGUCCCUGGAGCAUUUCCAAAUGGAGCAAGCGGUAACUCAAAUCCUGCUCAACUAGCUGCAUCUGCGUUUAUCAAUCCACUUGGUUUCCCGGGAUUCCUCCCACCAAACCCUGCACUUUCAAAAUCUCCGUCAUCACCUCAUUCAGAUGAUUCUUCGAAAUCAAAGAAUACGUCAAGUGAUGAUGAUGAUUCUAAGCCUGUCAACUUUUCGAAUAGUCCCUCUUCAAGUUCACCAUCUCCAUAUUCCACAGAUUCAUGA